AAUUUGCCUCAGACAACCAGAUACAUAUUUUUUCUUUUACCCCUUCUCUUUCCUUGGUGAGAAUGGACUCAGCUUACAAAAGAGCCUAAGAGCUAAGUCCUCCCACUGUACUCGCUCCACUGAGCCACCUUGAUCAUUUUCGUAAUCCUUUUUUUCUUCUCCAAGCAAUCGAUCAUCUUGCAGGUUUAUUCUAGCUCCUCAGGGAACAUGGCCGUGGAACCAGUGAAUGUGAAAGAGUUCCAAGAAUUGGCUAGGCAAGUCCUUCCGAAGAUGUACUAUGACUUUUACAAUGGAGGAGCAGAGGACCAGUAUACACUUGGCGAAAAUAUCGAAGCGUAUCACAGGAUAACGUUUCGUCCGAGAGUUCUUAUUGAUGUAAGCAGAAUCAGUUUAUCAACUACCAUACUCGGUCACCAUGUCUCCGUCCCAAUUUUAAUUGCUCCGACUGCUAUGCAUAAGUUGGCCCAUCCGGAAGGAGAGGUUGCUACUGCUAGAGCCGCUGCUACUUGUAACACGAUCAUGGUUAUGUCUUUUGGGUCUACUUGCACCAUUGAGGAGGUUGCUUCAAGCUGCAAUGCUGCCCGGUUUUUCCAGCUAAAUAUUUUUAAGAGACGGGAUUUAUCAGCUCUAGUAGUGCGGCGAGCUGAAAGAAACAGGUUCAAGGCUAUCGUGCUCACUGUCGAUACACCCCGACUAGGCAGAAGAGAGGCGGACAUUAGGAAUAAAAUGGUAGCACCUCAGGUGAAGAAUUUUGAAGGUCUAUUGCCGACAGAUGUCGUCUCAGAUAAGGGUUCAGAUUUACAAGCUUAUGCUGAGGCUACCUUCGACCCCUCCUUCUCUUGGAAGGACAUUGAAUGGCUAAGAUCAAUCACAAACUUGCCAAUUCUGAUCAAGGGAAUACUUACUCGUGAAGACGCAAUUAAGGCAAUGGAAGUAGGCGUUGCAGGGAUAAUCGUAUCUAACCAUGGAGCUCGACAGCUGGAUUACUCUCCGGCUACCAUUUCCGUCCUCGAAGAGGUUGUCCAUGCAGUUGAAGGGAAAGUUCCCGUUCUCGUUGAUGGAGGAAUAAGGCGAGGAACCGAUGUUUUCAAGGCGUUAGCUCUCGGUGCACAAGCUGUACUCAUUGGAAGGCCUAUUAUCUAUGGACUAGCAGUGAAAGGGGAGUAUGGGGUGAGACGGGUCAUCGAGAUGCUUAGGGACGAGCUCGAGCUCACAAUGGCCCUCUCAGGCUGCGCGAGCGUGAAUGAUAUUACAAGGAGCCACGUGAUAACAGAACGUGAUAGAGCCCGCUCCAUGCUUUGAUUCAUUAGGCAUUAGGCAACGCAUUUCCCGUUCAAUCAUUUUGGGGGUCACCAACCAAACUAUGGACUUCAGAAAGUGAAACCAGUGGAUCUUUACAACUAAUAAUAUUGUUGUGAUCGCUACUCAAAAGAUGCUUUAAUUUCGGGAAUUAUUAUGGUGCAAUCACUUUGAAUUAUUCAUCAUACAAUUAAAUAAAUUAUGUAAAUUUGCAAA